UUAGCUCGUUUAAGGGGCCAAUAUAUGGUUGACAGUGCAACAAAAUCUGAUCCUUCAAUUCUCUAAGAUUGAUAUAUCACUCAGGUUUUAUGGUUAGAUUGGAGUCCAAAACAAUGUGUCAGUACUCUAUCCAUACAAAGUUGCAACAGCUUCCAAGUAUAUUUCAUGGUUUAUUGAUUGGAUUUGAAGUACGGGUAGAUAUCACUUGUCUUAUGAAAACAAGAACAAAGUAUUUGAUAUUUUAAGAGAUGAAAGGUGAAGCAGGCCAUCACCACAGGUUUAGCCUAUUUUCCAAAAGGUGGGGCAUGUAAACACAAUAUGUGUGAAGUCCUCAUUAAAGUCUUCAAGACAGUGCCAUGUGAUCUUUAAUGAGCCCUGUCUCCCACUACACCCCAUCAAAAAUAACUCAUUCACAAUUCGGUAGAGAAUGGUUUCCACCAUUCUAUAUAUACCAUUCAUUGGGUUCACAAGCAACACAACUCAUUCCUACACUAAAGCAUCGUAAUUCAAAUUAACUUCUUUCUUCUUCUACUACUUCUUUGAGAUUAUUCUAUCAUUCAGUGUGUUAAGAGACAAAACAAGAAUGGGUUUUCGCUUACCUGGUAUUAGACGAUCAUCAUUUACUUCAAGUCAAGCAUCAAGCAAGGAAGUGGAAGUCCCGAAAGGCUAUCUGGCGGUGUACGUCGGAGAGAACCAACCUUCAUUUCAAGAAUUACUGAGCCAAGCUGAAGAGGAAUUCGGAUAUUGUCAUCCAAUGGGUGGCCUCACAAUUCCCUGCAAGGAAGAUGUGUUCUUAGAGACAGCUUCUAGCUUGAACAAACUAUAAUUCUAAUUCCAAUAGAUCCUAACAUAGACUAGUUGAGACAAUUUUUGUAUAGCACAAUUUUCUUUUCUCCAUUUUGUUGUUUCCUCUGAAAUUGAAAAGGUCAUUAAUGAGAAUAUUGCAAAAUCAUGUGAAUUAUAUGUUAUUUUUCCUCAA